AUGGAGCUCGUGUUCGACAAGCGCUCGCCCGAGGAGAUUGUCAUGGUCGAACUAGCGGCGAUCUCCGGGGCGGCCAAUGCCGAAGACGCAGUGCAUAAGAUCAUCGCACGUCUAAGACGGAGAAUGGACUCAAAAAGGCGGCAGAGAAUUAACUCGUAUGUUUCUGAGACAUCAUCUUCCAGCUCGAGCACGCUUUCUACUUAUGAGGACGAGUUUCCGUCGUUGGCUUACAUGCCCAAAAUGGACACACGAGAAAUGAUUGAAGAGAAAGUCGAGCUCGACGGAGUCAUGUCUACAAUGCCCGCUCGCCCACAGAGCAGCGGUGAUGGAAACAAGAACAAUAAUAAUUUCCGCUUUGCCUUCAAGAAUCCAAGAUCCAAGCGUCAACAGCAGCGUCAAGAACAGCGUAACAAGAAAAAUCAAAAUGCUGUGCAGCAAAUCCACAGUCAGACUGGGAAAGUAAAAUCUCAGUCACCAAAAAAACCGAAAAACCCAGAAACAAAGCAGCCGCAAAUUGCGCAGCCUAAGCCGCAAGAAAAGCUCGAUGAGCAGAGUACACCUACUAAGAAAAGGCGAAGAAGAAACCGCAGGAAAAAGAAGUCGGUCACAGAAUCUGAAAACCUCGCUGUAGAGGGAGAAGCUGUAAAACAAAUCGCGCAAAAUGCGAACUUCGACAGACUAUCGAUUGAUGAAGCGCUCGAGUUUGUGAAGAACCUCUCUGGCCAGAGCGAUGACCAGGAACUUUGGAAAAAUAUGGUUCAGAACCAACACGUUAAAUACACGAAUGGAACAUUUUUCUUUGCACCUCGGUUAAACAUUCCGGAGGAGAUGCACGACAUGAAUCAUGUUGACAUGAUGACACCGUCGAUAUCUCCUGACAGCUUUUCGUACGACGCUCAGCGUCCAACCAACAGCUGGUCCACUAAUGGCUACAGCAACAGUGAAGAACUAGAAAGCGAGGAAGAACAGAAAUGCCUGGCGCAAGCAGCCUCAGUCGCCGCGCGCUCAGCUGAAAUGAUCUUCGACGAUCUUGAGUCCUGUGAACUCACUGGAUCAUCUUAUGAAAUCGUGCCGCCCGUUCUUUGUUCCUCCAUUGCGGAAGCCCGUCCCCAAGAGCAAAAGAAAGAAAAGAAAGAGUCCACGUGGGCGCUUCCCGAGUCCUUCAUCCCCAUGAAAACAGCCGACUGGAUGUCGAUUUGGUAG